AUGUCGACUGAUAAAAUCACCUUUCUCACCAACUGGCAUGCCACCCCGUACCAUGCCCCGCUCUAUCUGGCACAGUCCAAGGGCUUCUUCCAGGACGAGGGCAUCAAAGUGGCCAUCCUCGAGCCCAACGACCCGUCCGAUGUCACGGAGAUCAUUGGCAGCGGCAAGGUCGAUAUGGGCUUCAAGGCCAUGAUCCACACACUGGCGGCCAAAGCCCGUAAUUUCCCCGUUCUCUCGAUCGGUUCUCUUCUCGACGAGCCCUUUACGGGCGUCGUGUACCUGAAAGACAGCGGUGUCACCACCGACUUCCGCUCUCUCAAAGGAAAACGCAUUGGCUAUGUCGGCGAAUUCGGCAAAAUCCAAAUCGACGAACUGACCAAGCAUUACGGCAUGUCCGCGUCCGACUACACCGCCGUGCGGUGCGGCAUGAACGUCACCAAGGCCAUCAUCAACGGCACCAUCGACGCCGGCAUCGGGCUCGAGAACGUGCAGAUGGUCGAACUCGAGGAGUGGCUCGCGUCGCAGGGCCGCCCGCGCGACGACGUGCAGAUGCUGCGCAUCGACGAGCUGGCCGAGCUCGGCUGCUGCUGCUUCUGCUCGAUCCUGUACAUCGGCAACGAGAGCUUCAUCGCGCAGCACCCGGAGCAGGUGCGCAAGUUCCUGGCGGCGGUCAAGCGGGCCACGGACUACGUGCUGGCGCAGCCGGCGGCCGCGUACGAGGAGUACGUCGACGUCAAGCCGGCCAUGGCCACGCCCGUCAACCGCAAGAUCUUCGAGCGCUCGUAUGCGUAUUUCAGCAGAGACCUGAAGAACGUCGCGCGCGACUGGGCCAAGGUUACCAACUACGGCAAGAGGCUGGACAUCCUGGACGCCGGCUUCCAGCCCAACUACACCAAUGAGUUCCUGGGCUGGGAGCUCGAAGCUGAGUCGGCUGACCCCAUCGGGGAUCAGAAGCGCAUGUGUGUGCUCCAGAAGCAGGUUGCGCGCGAGGGAGGGUUCAGGCGCGUCGAGGUCGCCUCUGCAUAA